ACAGGAAAAAGAAAUGGUCAAACUACUCUCUUUCCUGCUCAUCUUUGUCUUCUUCUCCAUAAUUUCUCCACCUGCUACAUCUGUCUCGCCUCCACAACCUCAUCUUCUCAACUCCUUCCAGCCUAAAUCUAUUCAGGCUGCAAAUGCAAGAAGCUGUUCUUACACAGUUGUAGUCAAGACUAGCUGCUCCUCUUCAUCUUACACCAGAGACAAAAUAAGUCUUGCAUUCGGUGAUUCCUAUGGGAACGAGGUCUACUUGAAGAGGCUCGACGAUCCAUCGUCAGGGACUUUUGACAGGUGUUCAUCUGAUACAUUUCAGAUAAGUGGACCCUGCACAUAUGGUAUCUGUUAUCUGUACCUGCUUAGGCGAGGAUCGGACGGUUGGAAGCCUGAGAGUGUGAAGAUCUACGGUCCAAAUACCAAGACUAUUAACUUCAAAUAUAAUACAUUCCUUCCAAAUGGAGUGUGGUAUGGCUUUAAUCUGUGUAGGCAUGCGUCCUCAUCUAGAAGUAUGUAGUAGAUGACCAAAAUAUAAUAAUGGUUGUAACUGUUGAAGUUUGAUUUUCUUGAAAGACAUUAACAUUGCAGUAAUCGUAUUACGUUUGCUGUUAGAUAUAAGUAAUUAUGUGAUGUAUGUCCCAUAUGGAAUAGAAUAAGAUUGAAGUGUUUAAAAAGUAUUUUUGCUAAAUAAGAUGACUUUUAUAAAAAGAUGUCUUUGUUUAA